AUGCAAAACCAGUUCUCCGAAUACCAAAGUUCAAACAACGAAAGUCUCGCUGAGUUUUCAGCUAGUCCUACCUCCCCUAGAAGCCAACAAAAUUUUAGUGGAGACCCGCUUGAUUCUUCUGAAUCUGAAGAAAAUUCCAGUGACAACAAUUCAUCAGACAAAGAAGAUAUCAUGUCUCUUGAAGAAAUUUCCAGCAAACAUAUGGCCCUUCGAGCGUCCACAGCUCCAGCGAGGCCUUUAAGCGACAUAGAAGAGUUUCGCCGGACUUCUGAUUUCCUUUUAUUAGAGCAUACAGUUAUAUGCGCUUCACAAUUAAUACAAAAUCAAGACCAAAAGUAUGACCUGGACUCAGAAGAAGGCCAAAGAGCCUGCAAAAAAUUUUUAAAUCAAAUCGAAAGGCUUUGUGAGGUUUUUAAAGUAAAUUGUGUAUCUCGGGAUUAUAGGAAAGCUUUUUCUAAAGCCUAUCAAGUUUUAUAUAAAGAAGGAACACUUUGCUUUUUAACAGAAAUAUUGGAUUCAGCGCAGGAAGGCUUUCCUUACUUGUAUGUGAAUGGGGAAAAAUAUUUAUUUUCAAGCGAAGUUUUGGACGCAGGCAGUAAAUUAUUUCAUUCUUUUUGCAAAAUUCAGCAUAUUUUUAGAGAAAUUUAUAAUAGGAUUUGUGAAGAAACUUCGACAGGAGUUGUGGGAGAAAUAAUUAGUGAUUUAACUGAAGCGCUGCAGGAUUUUGAUACAAAUUGAGUAGAUUUUGAACAUUUAAAGCUAUUUUAUAUAAAUAAGUCCUUAUUUUAAUAAUAAAAAUAGCCUGUUUAUUUAUAUAUAAAGGUAUAUACGUGCAUGAACUUAUGGUAAUAGAGACUGAUGCAAGACGUUUUAUAACCCAAGCAAUUGAAUUAGAAAGAGAAAUGUCCCUUAUUGAAGUCAAAGAAAAAGCCAGAGGAAGAGUCACUUUGGACUCAGAAGAAUUCAAUAGUUUGCGUGACAAGUUUGUAGUCAUUAUAGGAAAAAUUAAUUCAGUUGCAAAUGUUGAAGGAAAAGGCAGAGACGAUUUAUCGCUGAAUAUUUUGUUAGCUGCUGAAGGCAUUUCUAGGAGGAUGCAUCCUAUGCAGAGUCACCCUAUAAGAAAAUUAGCUGACAAGAUCAGACAAGCUUUUACUGCAUUUAGGACAUUAUUUAGAAAAUAUGACCAAAAUAUUGAGGUUGUAGAUCCACAGCUCAAAAAUAAUCCAGAACUGGUUGAAGCGCUGACAAAUUUUGAAGGGAGUUGGGAACGUGGAAAAGAAUAUAUUUUAAAUUCAAAAAGGUGCAACCAAGUAGUGCAUAUACUUUAUUUAAUUAAAUAAGCAUUUUUAAUAGGAAAUUUACAAUAAAAAUUUUUUUUGCUAUAUUUAAUCGUAAAUAAAAUAUUUAUAAUCUGAUAGAAAAAAAUGCUGAAAAAUACCCUACCUUAAAGGAGCAGCUUGAAUUUUCUGACUCACAGCUUUUUGUAAGUGUUCCAUCGCUGCUCGUCUUAAAAUGCCUUGAAGACGACGACAAAGGAAUUUGCAAACAUUUUUGUCCGCAAAUUUAUGAAGAACAUGAAGAAAUUGGAAUCGUGUUUAAAAGGCUGAAAAGAAGCUAUAAGUUAGGGAAAUUAGCAAGCUCAUCUGUGCAGGAAUAUGCAGAAUUAUUAGAAAUGAUGAUAAUUGGAGAAAAAGUGAACCAAAAAUCACGAACACAAAUAAUAAACCCGAAAUUCGAUAACCUAGACCAUGUUUUGACGAAAAUCACAAAUUUGUCGAUUGCAAUACAAAGACAGAAACCGAGUGAGUGGAAUAGAUUUUUAGAUGUUGUUCUCUGCUAA